CAGAACACUGGCUCUGGUAUGAAUACCGUUUAGCGUCAACAGCGUUUACUAUUGUGGGCAAAGCAAGAACCGAGGCGCAGCUGCCUUUGAAAACAAGACGUCUAACAGACUCUCGUUGUCACAUCGCCCGGGGAAUAGAAAAACGUUAGCUUUUGUUGACCCACGCGUUUGAGCGAUUUACUGGACUUUGGGCACGCAUCAGCUAGCCCAAGUGGAGUAGCCACCACUGCAACGUUUUAUGUUUAACUGAACCAAGGAGUCGGACUGUUUGGACCUGCAGGGAUUUGACUUCUGACCGUUUCGUAUCUGAACUAAUCGUAGACACCAACUUAAGACUACCGAUACUUUCUGGCAAUUUGUUAUUGCCCUUCCACCCGCCGUGACAUUUUAAUCGAUCGACGCUUUCAACACAUUGAUUUUGUGAUGACAAUUGAUGUAAGUAUGGCGUUUACAUCUGACUGGACGCGACGUGAAGACGCUGUUCAUAAGUCAUUGACCUGGCAUGUUUCCCAAUUGGCGUAUCCAAGAUAAAUACCUCGCACGCUGGAUACUCAUUUCUAUAAUGACUACACAGAUUGGAAGAAUUUCCCUUGGAAGCCAAAGUAAGCAAUUGUCUUGUGUGCUGAAACAGAACUGUGGGUCAUUAGCAAAGAAGCCACCAAUAUCCUAUCAGCACAAACUGUCAGCACGUGUGACCCUAAUAAUAAUUUACAGUUGACAUUGUUUAAGUACGAGCCUUGUCGUUUUUACAAGGGAAACGAUCGUAUUCGAGUAAAGACGCCUAUCGUCAAGCUGACAAUCAGUUCGAUUGGGAACCAUCCCGAGACAUCAUUGUAGGACAACCAUGUGGAGCGCUGGGUCGCAACCGUCCCUGCAGGUGUUCAUAAAAGUCCUGAAACACGCUGCGGCCAAAGGACAGAUCCAGCUGAACCGCUGGCUGCAGAGAUCCUCCACCGACGACUGCGAUAAAUUAGACCUUCUGAUAUGCAACGCCUUCGACGAGAGAGGGGGCGCCGUCGGCAAGUCUGACGGAGACCUGGAGAGCAUCAGUGACUCCGGAGUGUCAUUCACCGGCACCGCUAACGGCGACUUCCGUAACCCGUGUUGUAUUACCACCUGUUGCUUUAAGAGUGCCCUUUUGGCGUGCAUUCUGACGGCUGUGUGCUUCUCCUCUGUUGCCCUGGUGCGACAGUACCUCAAGGACCUUCUGCUCUGGGUGGAGAGCCUGGACGGCGUUGCUGGAGCGUUGCUGUUCAUAGUGGGGCUGAUAGUAGUGUCCUUUCCGUUCGGCUGGGGGUACAUUGUUCUCAACGUGGCAGCGGGGUACCUCUAUGGGUUUGUGCUGGGAAUGGGACUAGUCAUGGUGGGGGUUUUAAUAGGGACCUUUGUAGCUCACCUGGUGUGUAAGAGAUUGCUGACUGACUGGGUGGUCAGCAGAGUGGGGAACUCUGAACAGCUGGGUGCCGUCAUACGGGUUGUGGAGGGGGGCAGCGGACUGAAAGUUGUGGCCUUGGCGAGACUCACGCCCAUACCUUUUGGACUCCAGAAUGCAGUUUUUUCAAUCACGGAUGUGUCGUUACCCAACUACCUGGUGGCGUCGUCCGCGGGCCUGCUACCCACACAGCUCCUCAACUCCUAUCUGGGCACCACACUGAGGAGCAUGGAGGACGUCAUCGCGGAGCAGAGUGUCAGCGGCUACUUUGUCUUCAGUCUGCAGAUCGUCAUCAGUAUCGGCCUGAUGUUCUACGUGGUCCACCGGGCCCAGAUGGAGCUCAACGCCGCCAUCGCUGCUUGCCAGAUGGAACUGAAGACGUCACACGUGAAUGGCUCCUCCACCAGUCAGAGUGGCUUCACCUACUGCAGCAAAAGGGCGUCGGCCGGCGGGGGGAUCGUUAACAUCGUCUGACUGUCCUGAACCCAAUUGGACGUAAGCGAGUUGGAUCGAACUGGAGCCCUUCGCUGAUUGGCCAGCAGUUCUGAUACCUGAGGUGGACGCCUUCCUCGGUAUAUAGUGACUGGGGAGAACCUCCUGAAUGCUAAGCAUGGUAAUCUGUGGGGCUUUUGUCAUAGCCGAGGGACGUCAGGUGUGUGGAAGACGUCCCAUGGGCAGAAUAGCUUGAAAACAUGCAUUUCUGAAUGGAAGUAUGUAUUUUUGUGUGCAUUUCUGCUGACCGGGCUGUCGUCGUCACGGACCUAGCUAGCCACAACCUACACCGCGUAGCUCACCAUAAAGACUGACACGCAAGUCUGAAUGAUAUUGGCACAAGUGGCUGUCAAGCUAAACAUGUAUGUUGAAUUAAUUUUGUAAGUGAUGUCUUGUCACCUGAAAGAGAUUUUGCAGUACAGUAUGUUAAAAUGACUUUUUUUUUUAAUGCAUUUGUUUUCUUGUUCUUCUACCUUUAGAGACACUACAACUUAGUGUACGAUCCAGUUUAAUUCAGCUCUGUUUCAGGAGUAGUCAUCAAGGACAUAUUGUCAACGACUUCACCAGAGCCUGUGUACUUCCAUAUAGGCCCUGGUUAAAUCUAGUGCACUAUGAGGGGAAUAGGAUGUCAUUAGGGAUGCAGGAGGCUGUCAGGCACUACAGUAUGUACAGAAUGUACCAACUACCACUUUCUAAGGUAUUUUUUUGUUCAAACCAAUGCCUCCAGAUACACCUCAGUGCAUAUUCCAAUUAUUUUGUUGUUGUGUGUGUAUAUAUAUAUUAAUACACACACACACACACACACACACUCACCUAAAGGAUUAU